UAGAUCAACGAGAUUUAGGGUUUUAGCCGCUGCUCUUGUGACGGAACUUAAAAGCAGAGAGAGAGAGAGAGAGCAAAGAGGAGGAGUCUGUGGAAUUGAAAUUAGGGUAAAAAGUUGAGAAAUGGUGGCGGACAAGAGCAAGAAGGCGAAGACUGAUGAGGAGAACGUCGAGCAAAUCGAUGGAGAGCUUGUCCUUUCCAUCGAAAAGCUUCAGGCCAUUCAAGACGACCUCGAGAAGAUAAACGAGAAAGCAAGCGAUGAAGUGUUGGAAGUGGAGCAGAAGUACAACGGUAUAAGGAAGCCUGUCUAUGACAAGCGUGGCGAUAUCAUCAAAGCCAUCCCUGACUUCUGGCUCACUGCUUUCUUGAGCCACCCUGCUCUUGGUGAACUUUUGACUGAAGAAGACCAAAAGAUAUUCAAAUAUCUAAGCUCUCUGGAAGUUGAGGAUGCCAAAGAUGUGAAGUCUGGAUACUCUAUCACUUUUAACUUCAAUCCCAACCCUUACUUUGAGGAUGGGAAACUAACUAAGACCUUUACCUUCCUCGAAGAAGGGACAACCAAAAUCACAGCAACACCUAUCAAGUGGAAAGAGGGCAAGGGCUUGCCAAACGGAGUUGAUCACGAGAAGAAUGGAAACAAACGUGCAUUACCUGAAGAGAGUUUCUUUACCUGGUUUAGCGAUGCUCAGCACAAGGAAGAAGACGUUGAAGUAGAGAUUCACGACGAGGUUGCUGAUAUCAUCAAGGAAGAUUUAUGGGCUAACCCUCUCACCUACUUCAACAAUGAGGCUGAUGAAGAGGAUUUUGAUGAUGAAGAUGAUGAGGGGGAAGAAGGUGAUUCUGAUGAAGACGAUGACGCGGAAGGCGAAGAUGGUGAGGAAUGAUGGGAGAGGCGCUUCCCCAUAAACCACAUUUGCUUACAUGUCUUCUAUAACAGAGUGUGUGUUGAAAGGGUUUUUAAUUUUAAGCAAAAUGGGUCAUGACGACAACAUAUAAGACAAGCUUUUCAUGCUUCGAUAAGAAUACAUUUUAGCUAUUUUAAUCUUUUUGUUUGUAGGAGUUCCAUUUUCAGUCUUUGUUGCUUAAACUGUUUUCGAGUCUGACAUAUCUAUUAUCUUCUACUGUUCUUAUAUAAAUGAUCUCCUUUCUUCUGUGUG